AUGGUCUACGUCCUGAUAUUUUACACCCCUGCACCGGGCCACUCAGCUAGAGACAGGCGGUACGAAGGAGGAGCCACGAGUUCGGCGGCUUCGGCAGCCUCAGGCGGGAUUGAUGGCGCAUCACCGUCUCCCGGGCGUGCGGCCGGAGAGACGCCGGCAGAAACCCAGCCUCGUGCCAUCGCACAGCAAUUCCGAGUCGUAAGACCCCUCGAUGAUGAGGAUGUGUAUCGCGUGCGCUACUAUGCAAAAUUCGUGCUGUCAAUGAAGCUCUGGAAAAGUGAUGCAGACCUCUCUGCCAACGAUUUGCAGCAGGUGCACAUUGCCCUGCGAGAACAAACUCUAUUCCCAAACCUUCGAGUAUUCGAAUACGAAGGACCGUCAGAAUUCACUCCCUACCUGCCCUCCAUUCUAGUGACGUCUGUCACCGAUAUGAAGCUGUACUACAACUUCGGCUGCGAUCUCGACAUGGGCCUCUGGACUGUGCGACCUGAAGAUAUCGACUACAGUGAUGAUAGGGACGCCAUCCUCGCUAUCAAGGAGAGGCAACCUCGAGCUCCCAUAACUACCCUCCUCAUCUUCAUCAGUAUGCCACUUCCCGAGUUCCUGCGCCCGAUCCUGACCGGCUGGGACGAGCUUGAGGAUUUGACACUCGAAACGCACUGUGUCGAUCCGCCCAUGUUUAUGAUGAUUGCGGCCCUGCCGCAUCUGAAGAACUUGGAGAUGCCAGCAGUCUCUGGACUUGACCGUCCCUGUGUAGCAUCACGAUCGGCGUGCACCUCCAACUAUACACUCCGCUCGCUGCGCCUCUACGGGUUAUCUGUGGCAGAGAUGAUUUCCAUCAUUCGCCCUAUCUCUUUGUCUACACUCGAGGCAAUUUGUGGAGUAGCUGCAUCAGCCUUUCAGGACAUCGGUAUGCGCAUACGCGAAGCUGGCGUACCCGCUUCGCUUCAAGACAUGACUCUUGCUCAACACGUUCUACAUCCCCAUCCUGAGCAGGAACCGGACGCUUACUGGCGCGAGGCUCUGCGGAUCCAGCACAUCAUCCCUUUCUUCUUUAACAAAAGCCUGGUGCACGUCAGGAUUAUCUUCCAGACGAUCGCUUUCUCGGACGACGACAUGGCCAUACUCGCUCAAGCAUGGCCUCGCUUGCAAUCCCUGACCCUACUAAGCGAAGGAUCCACGGAUGUUCCUGUCGCAUUAUCCAGCAUGCUCGCCUUCGCACGCUACUGCCCCGAUCUCACCUAUCUCCUUCUAUCCGUCGAUGCUACGAGGAUAACAGUCCCCAAUCCCUCCAACAUCCCCUUUCCUCGCGCACACGAACGCCUGAGCGUGUUGCAUGUCGAGGAUUCCCCCAUCUCCUCACCAGCAAGGGUGGCUUCGUUCUUGACGCGGUUCUUCCCGAACGCCAGACCAAAAGUCGGGCUGAAGACGCGUAUGAACGAUGCAACACGCGAGAGGUUGUGGCUGGACGUGCUGGAGUUGAUACCUAUCCUGCUGGACGCACGUAUGACAGGCAUCCACGGCGGGGUUACGGUGAAGCCGAAGUGAUCUAACUGAGUUAGUUUGCAUUCUCUAUCUCGUCGUCAACCA